AUGGCGUCCAUUAUGCAGCGCCGUAUGCUGUCCAAGGAGGACGAGGACGCCAACCAAGAGGUCCAGGUGCGUCGAGAAGACCAGGACAAGAUCAACAAGUUUAGCCGGCUGCACCAGCGCGAACUCGCGUUAGAGGAAGAGCUCAAGCUUAACACAAAGGAAAAGGAGGAACUGGACGACUUAUCGAUGGAACUGGAAUUGGCCGACGAAGACGAAAAGAUCCAGUACAAGAUCGGCGACGCCUUCUUCCACGUCUCGCUCGAGCAGGCGCAGGAGAUGCUCGAGGCCGCCACCACCAAAAUCGGCGAGCAAAGGUCCGAGCUCGAGGACAAGCUCGAGUCGGUCCACGACGAAAAGAGGCAGCUCAAAAUAGAGCUUUACGCCAGAUUUGGAAAGCAGAUCAAUCUCGAGACUUGA